GUGCGUCUAUAGUGCUUCGUGAUAAAAUUAAUUCAGAUUAAAAUGUGGAGAUUUCCAUACAGUUACUGUUAUUUUUUUGUAAAAUCAAGCUGUGGUUCAGGAAAUUUUAAUUUUAAAGAAACACCGCAUUGUAAUACGUAUGUUUGGUAGCUGCCGUUUCGUGAAUAAUCUUAUUCUGAAAAUACUACCGGAAACAAAUGACGCUAUCCGUUUUCGCAUGUGGAGAAACCACAUGCUGACUUGGAGUGAACAUAAAUGAUAUUUGUUGUAACACCUCUGUUAGCUUUCUGCUCCUGGUAUUUUAAACAGUUUUUAAAUCAAGUUUAGCUGUAUUUGACUUGUGUCUUUAACGGACAGUCUGUUUCAUGCAGCUAGCUAAUGUUAGUGUUAGCAGGACUUUGACCAAAGUCUCAUUGUGGUUUAUCGCUGGUUUGUCCCCUUUUUUUUUUUUUACUGAGCUUGAAACAUUCCUUGUGGAAGACUGAGGUUUUUCCAUAAAGCAGAACCAUGGUGGUGAAGAAGAAGGCUGCCAAGGUAGAGGCCGUGGUGUUGGAUGAGGAGAAGCUAAACAAGCUGAUAGCAUCUCUCUGUAUCAGUGGAGCAGAUGAGGAAGUGAUGCAGGUUGCUCAGAGUCUGCAGUCCUUCCUGCAGCUCACAGAUCCAGUGCAGCAGGUCCAGCUCAUUAAAAAAACAGGGUCCCAGUUGGAAGUGCUGACAGAGGAGCACUCCGAUGACAUUUUGGAUGCUUGUCUUCACACUUUAUCAGUGGUGUACACCACUCUUCAGGCUAAGAACCCUCUGCGACGGGCUAUUGCCAGUGCUUUAGGUUCAGUUCCUGUGUGGCUUGAGGAGCGGGCCAACAACAGUUUGUGUGGCUGUUUGUCUGACUGUAUGAACAGUUCGUCUUCAGACCGAUAUCCACAGAUUGUUGACAUCAUUGCUGCUUGUCUGGAUGGUUUCCCUCUCGGUGAAAAGUGCAUCAACAGGCUUUUACCUGAAGUGCUGAAGUUUCUUCACAAGGUUUUGGAAAAUUACCCUCAGCAAAACAGGGGUCUUUCAGGCCGUCACGUCGCCCAGGCCCAGCUCAUGCAGUCCUGCCUUUGUGCGGUGAAGACCUCCAUGCUGGUGCUCCAGAGAUCUCAGGACAGCUUGAGUUCAGCUCUGCAGGCAGAACGCGAUGGCAGCAGACUGGAGGACACACUCUGCAGCCUGCUGGGAUGCUACAUCCACAUCCUCACUGAUGAGGAGUUCAUCCAGUCUGUCCAGAGUACAGCUGGGAUGGCAGUGGUGUUGCUGAUCCGGUCCGUCAUGGGGGCUGGAGAAGGAGUUGCUGCUGUGGUGUGCGGUUUGCUCCUCAGCUCUGUUCCAGAUUUGGCUUCAGCUCCUCGGUUCCUGAGACGCCGCUGUGAGUCUCUCUGCGGUGGCGUGCGCCCGUCGGCGGUGUCCUUGUUCCUCUGUCACGGCGCUCUGGCCAUGCUGAGUUGGAAGAGCGCCCCCCCAGGGCCGCAGUGGGAGAGGCUGCUGCUGCUGGUGCCGGACACCCUGCUGGGUUUAGACGUCAGUGUGAAGGAGUCCAGCACCGCCAUGGUGGUGGCUCGGGUUCUGACUCUGUGGAGUGCUGCAGCUCUGGACGGCCUGCAGGGGGAGCCGCGCCUCCUCUCUCCCAGCCUCCGGGACUCCCUCAGUGGAGGAUCUGACCUGCAGCGCCGCCUGCUGGAGCACAUCUACUCCCACUGGGAGCACCCGCUGGAUGGAGUCCGCCAUCAGACCCGUUCCCUGUUCCGUAACCUCCUGCUCCUCCAUCAGCACGCCAACCCGUCCCUCCUCCCCCCACACGAGGACCCGUACGUCAGCCAGCUCACUCACAGCCUCCUGGGUCUAGAGUGGCACAUGAGGGGCAAGUACGGCUCUCUUAGCUGCCUGGUGGAGCUCUACGGGGCCAAGCACCUGCUGGACGUUGAUCCACAGCUGCCGGCCCGUCUGCUGGGCUUGAUGGGCGACCAGACGCUGGCCCCUUACGCCAGCGACCUCCUGGAGAGACUGUUCGUGAGCCACAAGGCACAGCUGGCGGCAGAAACCGAGGACUGGACGGAGAGCUGGCAUCAGACGUGGGUGAGCCCGCUGCUGCUCGUGCUCUGCGGCGCCCGGCCGGAGCAGACCACCUACACUCUGGACUACUUCCUGCCCAAGCUGCUGCGCUGCAGCCCCUCCUGCCUGACGCACAUGGUGCAGGUGCUGCAGGACACCCCGCCCUGCUCCACAGACUCUUCAGGCAGCAGGGGUCCCUUGGGGGCGUUGAUGACCUGCUUACGUGCGGCGAGGGCUCAGGGGGUCACCCCGCCCUCAGAGCAGGCUCUGUGGGGAGGCCUGGUGCCCCUCCGUCUGCUGCGCAGCGCGCUGGUCCACAAACACGAUCAGGUGAGGAUGGACGCUUUGGGGCUGGUGUGUGAGAGCCACCGCAGCACGGAGGUUCUGACUCCACACGAAAUGGAGCUGAUUCGCCACUUCCUCCCCGCCAACCUCAACAGCCAGUCAGCAGGCGUCCGGCAGCAGACGGUCAGCCUGCUGAAGAAGAUGCUCUGCAGAAUGAAGGACAGCUCUCAGCUCCUGCAGAAGAAGCUGAUCCAGGAGGCAGACCCGGAGCAGAGAGUCCAGGACUCCCUGCACCAGUACAAGGAGUUUCUGCGCUGGCUCUGCGUGAGCCUGCUGGACACUCUGCACCCCGGAGCUUCCUUCUCCAAGUGCCUCAUGUCCCUCCAUCUUCUGGGGCUGCUGGGGCAGUUCUUUACCUUCAGCACUGACCCGGAUGGUUUCGCCCUCGGGGAGGUUGUGACUCCCACACAGGCUCAGAACGUCCUCUACUGUGUAGCCAGCAACUUCCUAGAGGUCAAACAGCUGGCCUCCGCCCUGCUACGUCAGCUUCCUCCACCAGCUGUGGGACUGCAGGAGGUGGACAGAAUGCGCUGCGUUGUGCAGGCGGCUCUGGACCUCAGUACCAGCAACAAACCCUUUGACAGCGUCACCGCCGCCCACCUGCUACACCUGCUGCUGCACCAGCCGGACCUGACCGAAGCUCUCGUGUCAUGCUCCCAGGAGGAGGAGCUCCAGCUGGCCUCCCCUCCGGCCCGGGCCUCUGAGGCCGUCAUCCUGGAGCUCAACACUCUGGCUGUGGUUCAGUUCUUGCUGCACCGUCUGCAGUCGGAGGUCUCCAGAGCCGAGUCGUCUCUCCUGCAGGCCGCCGCGUCCUUUCCUCUGUACGGCCGGGCUCACUGCAUCACUGCGGUCCUGCAGCACCUAAACACACAGAGUUUGACUCAGACGCAGCAGUGGAGAUCUCUGGUGUCUCAGCUGAUCGCCGUGUGCUACAGGAUGUCAGAUGUUGUGUUGCCUGUAGUCCAGAGCUCCUCACCUGAGGGGCUCAUCCCCAUGGAUACAGAGUCAGAAACCUCUGAAGGUCUGCAGAAGAUCCUGCAGGAGAUUCAGCCCAGAGACACCAACGACUUCUUCAACAGCGCCAGAGAGUUGGAGAGCAGUCGGCCAGAUGAUCGCGCACAGAGAACCACUCUCAACACAGCGUCAGGAGCCGAGGGCUACAGAGUGACGGCUCAGAUGGUGCUGGUUUGCUGCUGGCGGAGCAUGAAGGAGGUGGCCAUGCUGCUGGGACAGCUGUGUCAGAGUCUGCCUCUGCAGCACGCCGACGGAAACGACCACGCACACUGCGGCCUCAUCACAGAGGAACAGGUGGAGGGUGUCGGCCUGUACUUCCGUCAGCAGCUCCUGCAGUCCCGUCACCGUGGCGCCUUUGAACUGGCUUAUGUGGGCUUUGUGCGCCUCACCGACAUGCUGUGCAGGAGUGGGAGUCGUGUCCUGCAGCAGCUCCCUUCUCGCUGGCUGUCCGAGGUCCUGGAAGAGGUCAAGUCCAGCGACCCGUCCUCCAAGCUGUGCGCCACGCGCCGCAGCGCCGGGAUUCCGUUCUACAUCCAGGCUCUGCUCUCCUCUGAACCCAAAUCUUCCAGCUGUAGUCUGUUGAAGAUGACCAUGAGGGAGCUGACAGCUCUGGCCAUGCCGUCUGCUGACAGGAACACCGACAGCUCCACGGUUCCUCAGGUCCACGCUCUGAACAUCCUCAGGGCUCUGUACAGGGACACUCGUUUGGGGGAAAACAUCAUUCCUUUCGUGUCCGAUGGCGUGCAGGCGGCCGUGCUGGGCUUCACCUCUCCUGUCUGGGCAGUGAGAAACUCCUCCACUCUCCUCUUCAGCUCUCUGAUCACCCGGAUCUUUGGAGUGAAGCGAGGAAAGGAUGAGCACUCCAAGAAGAACAGGAUGACUGGUCGGGAGUUUUUCACUCGUUUUCCGGCUCUUUACCCGUUUCUUCUGAGCCAGUUGGAGGAAGCUGCAGCCACAGUGGAAAGUGACAGUGGUCAUGUGAAGCUACACCCCAGCCUGUUUUUGCUGCUGCUGGUGCUCAGUCGUCUAUACCCCUCCCCCAUGGACGGAUCCUCUUCCCCUCUGGGACUGGCCCCUUUCAUGCCCUUCAUCAUCAGGUGCGGCCGCUCCGCCGUGUACCGGACCAGAGAAAUGGCAGCCCGCGCCCUCGUCCCGUUCGUGCUGGUCACCCAGGUGCCGUCCACCGUCGGUGCUUUACUGCAGGAACUGCCUUCAGGACCGGGACCGGGAAUCCAACAGAACCACAUUCACGGCACUCUGCUGCAGGUGCUGUUUCUCCUGCGCUCUUUCCAGACAGACUCACACAGGCCCCUGCCAGACAGUGGUGGCAUCGGUGGAGCCCUCUGUCAGCACAUGUGGCUCGCUUCUCGGCAGAAUGGCUGUUUGGUGACCAGAGGGGCCUUUUUGAAUGUGGUGUUGUGUCUAUGCGGGCAGAAGAUCAACCUUCUGCAAGAUUCAGAGGUCAGCUCUCUCCGUCAGGAGGCCCUGUCGGUGCUGAUGGCCUCAGAACUCUUCGCCUCUGAUCCUCCGUGCGACGUUGUUGGACCCGGCAGCGUUCAGUACCUUCUCAGCCUGGCCCAGGUGGCGCUUAGUGCCAGCGUAGAGCUCCCUGACUUGUGGGACAGCUCUCAUCUGGCUGCGCAGCUCCUGCAGCGUCUGCUGAGGUGCCCACAGUAUGAGGUGAGGGAGCUGGCAGCGGAGAGCAUCCUGAGAAGGCUUAAGGAGGAGGAGAAGGGGCGGCCUAUGUGGCUUGAUGAGACCACCCUGUCUAACCUGACCAGCCUGGCUCUUCAUGAGCAGCACCCUCAGUGUCUGGCCAAGGUCCUGCAGGUGUUGAGCGUGUGGAGCUCCGGCAGAGAGCUCCGGUGGAGAGACGACGCAAAGACUCUGUCCCAGGAUGAGGUCCUGCUGCACCUCCUCAACCUGACCCAGAGCUCCACUUUCAGUGUGGAGCUCCACUGUGCCGCCCUGACGCUGCUCUCCCAGCUUGUGACUGAGCUGCUGACCUUUGACCCUCAGUGCUCAAGUGCAGUAGCUUGUUUGGCUCCAUGGGGGGCGCUGGUGAGCUCGUGCUGUGAUGAGGAGCAGCCUGUGGAGGUGAAGCUGACGGCCACCAAGGUUCUGGUUGGCUGUACGUCCAGCCUGCUCACCGACCCAGCUCUGGUUCUGGGUCUGCCCACUACGCUCUCACUGUGGAGAAGUCUGUUCCUGCUGCUGCAGGAUGAAGAUCAGGAGGUCCGCGACUCUGCCUCGGACUUCACGUCUCAGGUUCCAGCUCACCUGCUCAGUACAGACGCCGUGGCGGUCCCCGUGUGUCCUCCUGCGGCCCUGGAGGUCGGCGUGGAGCUCCUGUGUCGACUCUGUGAGCUGUGGGGGCAGGUGGGAGCGGGGAUCCUCGUGCUCCUGCAGUGGCUGCUGGGAGAGGAAGAUGAAGAUGAAGGUCCAGAUGAAGCUUCCAGUCUGGACGAAGAGGACUUCCUGUUCGCGAAGGGGGAUCGGAACCUGUGGGCCGAGCCGCUCCUGUGGGUCAAGCUGCUCCACAGACACCUCGGCUCCCUCGUCCUCCGACUGGACCAGGACAGCCCGGAUCCCGAGGAGCUGGUCCAGAUGGAGGCGCGGGCCGGCGCCCAGGCCCUCCGCUUUCAGCGGGCCCUGGAGAGCCUCCCAGCCCUGCCACAGUUCUCCUGCGCCGCCGAGCACGCCCGGCUGACGCUGCGGCAGCACAGGGCCGACCUGGUUCUGAGGCUGCUGGAGGAGCUGGGCUCCAGAACCCAACACGUUUCUGUCACCAAGUGAUCCAGACUCUGAAUGUUUUUAGAUUCUCAUUGAUCCAGAAGAUGUUCAGACUUUUAAAUUAAACCGGAUCAGAAUCGUUGCUUUGAUGCACCAGGAUGUGCAGCCUGAAGCAGCACCGCCGGCCCAACGCCUCGGACACGUCACCAGGCCUGUGUUUGUGCGCGGCUCGUACUGUAUGUUUAAACGAGGUGUUAUUCUCCUGUGAUGUUUAAUUUACUGCAAAAUUCCUCCCAUUGGUCGGCUGUUUUUACGCUUCCCUCUGGUUUUCCUGCUUAUGUAAUUAGGCGGCAGGCACAAUGGAGCAGUGUCCUGCACGGGGUGUGAGUAAACUCCCGCUGCCGCGCUCCUCUCUCCCGUGCUGCAGCAAACCUGACGUAAGGUUCCUCCUCAUCCAGCGUGUGAUGCCGGAGCGCUGCCUCCUGAGGACGCGUUCCAGGGAUUUCUCCACGUCUGUCCUUCACAUUAAACCAUAUAUCACCAUUUUUACUCAGCGCAGACCGUCCCGGGGCAGCCCUCAGCCUAAUUUUAGGGUUGGCAGUAGUAGAUUCCAAACUCUUAUGUCACUUGUUUUUCUCCUUGUUGCUAUUUUCCUUCUUUUUAACUUCUAAGCAUUCAGCGCUGAAAGAACAUAUUGAAAGAUUAGUGGAAAAACGUUUGCAAUCGCUUCACCAAUUAAGAUAGUAUAUGGAAAAAGAGCAGCAGUGUUUGACAAAGCUGUUAUUUCUGCUCGUGUUGUUGUUUUUGUUUGUUUCUUCUAAAACAUCAGCUUUCAGAGCCUAAUAUAGAAGUCCCACCCUCUGCUGCUAAUUCUGCGAUCUUUCCAGUCUUUUGAACUCCGAAAGCAGACCGAGAGAAGUUUGACAUUUUCUUGUGAGCGUUUUACCAUGUAGGGGAGAUGAUUUCAAGCAGACGCUGCAACAGCAGGGAGGUUUGUUGGGAAAAUGUCAAGUAAGAACACUUGAACUCACAGGCACUUUUGCCGAUCACCUCGGCUGUUUACAAAGAUAUAGAAAUGACACCGUCCUCCCCAUUAGUUUAGUUUCAUUCAAAAUUUAGCUUGAACGUUUCAAAAAGUUCUUAGCUUUUAAUUAUUUCAUUUAAAACAAAUAUAACUAGAGUUAAGACACGUUUUUGUAAUCCUCCUUAGAAUAUAUCCUUGAAACUUUGUAUGCAGAUUAGUUCACUUGUUUUUAUUUAGACAUUUUUCACUGUUUUGACUUUGUCUUUGGUUUAAAUACAUUUUUGUUUUGUCUCUGCACAUUUUAUCUUUGCUAUAAAACAUAAAAACUGUUUGAUCUAUUUUUUACUUGUGUACAUAAAAUAAUUAGUUGUUUUAUUACCGUUUCACCAUUUUUGUGGAAUUAUUGUGUUAUAUAAUGAAAAAUAUCAUUAAAAUACAAAGCUGGGUUUGUACAAAAAAGAUGGAUAUCCAGCAUUAAUGCAAAAAACAAGAUAAUUUAACAGAGUGAAUUGUAAAGUAGGAGAAAAAGCUCAAAAAGGCCCAAGACUACUGAGAGUUAAGACUAGAUUUUUUUUUUUUUUUUUUUUGCAUGACUAAGGCUCCUCUUUACAAUGGAGUAUUAGGGCCAGUUUACUUUUUAAAGACUUUAAAUCUUGUAAAUUUACGAGAAAAAACUGUAACUGUUAAAUUUGGAGAAUAAAGUCGUACAUUUGUGACUUUAAAAGUCAUAAGCUAAAUUUACGAGUUUUUUUCUUGUAUAUUUAAGAGAAUUUCUUUUUUUUGGGCCCUAAUAAUCUGUCAUACCUCUUUAAGGACAGACUCUUGAUUAUUUUUCGUUUUUAGCAAAAAAUCACAAUCUUGUAUCGUUUACUAUGAUAGUUUCUGAAAUUUGCCACAGAGUAGUGGGCACAGAGCAAGCCCGGCCCCACUUCCCGUCUCCCAUCUUUUUACACUCUCUUCCUCUAGCUCACCACAUCUCACACCUGCAACCUAACAUUACCGGUGCAACGAAAAUGGCAGGAAAUAUUUAUCCAGCUGCAGUUUUGAGCAGCUCAAACAAGGAAAACAAAGAUCACAAACAUGGAUCUAUCUACAAGUGGAUGCAUCAGAAUGGAGUGGAGCAGGGAGUUUGUGACCUGUUGAUUAUAGCUUCUACAUCAGAAAUAAAUUCUUUUUCAAAUUGA